AUGUGUUUUGGCUCAUCGCGUAGAGAUGCAUAUGACUCUCCGCCCCCACGGCCUGUAUCCUACGGCUAUGAUGCCUCCAGUCAGCACACACAUAACAAGAACUACGAAGCAUCUAAAAAGCAAAGGGGGCGUCGCGCAUAUCAUAGCGGUGCUCCUAUUGUCGGAGGCGGAGAUGGUGGAGGAGGGUAUGGAGGAGGACAUAGUGGAGGGGGUGGAGGACAUGGUGGCGGUCAUGGUGGCGGAGACGGUGGAGGAGGUGGAGGAGGAGGAGAUGGUGGAGGUGGGGGUGGCGGGACCCAGGCGGAUCUGGAAUGUGAUUGA